AGCUGUUAAAGUCUUGUUGGAGUCUGUGAAGCUCCAGAAGAAGAAGAUGGAGGACUCUUCAUCACCCAUGGAUCUCUUUCAGGCAGGUAAGACGCACCUGAACACCUAUUGCUGUGUGGUUGCCCUGGAAACUAGCUGUCCCCAGUAAGCUGAUUGGCUGUCACUAAUCCACUCUGAAUGCCCAGUUAAACCAGUACAGAACCUUAAACUGAGACAAAUCCAGGGUAGAACUGCAGAACCUCAGCCUGCAACAGAACCGAGCUGCUGUUAGAGACCUAACAGAACCUCCAACUGGACCUGGGACCUGCUAAUCUGCUGUGUGGCGUCGGUCACCUGAUCGGAUCAGCGCUGAGAACAGAGGCUGGUUGUUCCCGACCCACCGGGUCCUGGAGGUUCUGGUAGGUCUGCAGGUCGGUUGUACAACAUUUCUGUCUUGGUUCUGCGGUUUGUCAUGUGGAGUCCCCAGAGAGGAGAUGGGUCAGAACCGGUCCAUCAACCUGGGUCUGAUUUGCAGGUUCUGUUGGUUCUGGACUUGUUCAGAACCAGUUUUCAUAAGCGAGUCCAACGGGACGGCAGUCAGGAUGAGAUCGUAUUCGGGUUCUGGACUUGUUCAGACGUCAUAUUCUGGAUUAUGUGUUUGGAGAUGAAACUGUUGUGCUGGACCAGAACCGGACCGGAUCUGAUCAGAACCAGGUUCUCUCCAGCCUUGCAGCUCGCCUAUUGGAGGGAACCCAGGAAGUCCUCGGCGGCGUUCCUCUCGUCUCUGAUUGUCCUUGUUGGCAUGGCGACGCUGUCGGUCAUCAGCGCGGUGUCCUACCUGUUGCUGGCCUGUCUCUGCGUCACCAUCACCUUCAGGGUUUAUAAAUCCCUGAUCCAGGCGGUCCAGAAGUCCCACGAAGGUCACCCCUUCAGGUCUCAGCUGGACCGGGACAUCUCUGUUUCCGCGGAGUCGGCCCGGCAGCUGGCUGAGCGGUGCCGGAACCGCCUGAACUGGCUGAGCGUCCAGACCAGGAGGCUGCUGCUGGUGGAGGACCUGGUGGACUCGCUAAAGAUGGCGGCCAUCAUGUGGCUGAUGACGUACGUCGGCGCGUUGUUCAACGGCGUCACUGUUCUGAUCCUGGCUGAUGUUGUUUUCUUCACCGCGCCGCUGAUGUACCAGAAGAAGAAGACUCGGAUCGAUCAGCAGCUGGUUCUGCUUCGGUCCAAACUGGACAAGGUUCUGCUGAGGCUGCAGGACCGGCUGCCUGGAGCCGUGAGGAGGAGCAAAGCGGAGUGAACCUGAGAUCGGCCCGGUUCCGACCCAAUAAAGAGUUCUGAUAAAUAAA